GUCGCACUCCACAGAUAAAGACGCGGUCCGUUUCAAGAAACAUCAGAGUGCUAUCUGCAUCCGACCCAGUUUGACCGUGAUCAUGCUGCAACUACACAGCCUGCUCAUAUUGACACUCGUCGGCACGGUUUUCGCCGUCGAUGAAUGCAAUUCCCAACACUGUGCAGUCCCAAAACACUACAGAGAGAUAGGAUGCACACCUGUAUUUGUAGAAGGCUCUUGCUGUCCCAGCAGAUUUGACUGUAGUUCAAUAUAUGGCAGAGAUUCUCAAAAGUGUUAUUAUAAAGGAGUAGCAUAUGAAGUAAACAGUGAGGUGAGCCCAGAUGCAACAAAUCCUUGCACAGUGGGUUGCCGAUGCAAUAGUUUAGGCAGCCGAUCACAACUGACAUGUGUGAAUGUUGAAUGCCCUGAGCUGUUCCAAGAACCUCUGUCUGAUUCUAAUUGUUUCCACCAGCAUACACUGGAUGAAUGCUGUUCCACGAACACUUACUGUCCAAACAACACAGAAACACAGCAAAUGUCACCACUCUAUGAAUGUCAGUAUGGUGGUAGAACAUACAGAGAAGGUCAAGUAAUCUAUCCAGAAGACGCACCAUGCAAGAAGUGUAUCUGUCAGAAUGGAUUUAAUGGAACUUUGUCUGGACCAUGGUGUGAAGAAAUAUCUUGUGGCAUUGAACUGCAUUACAGCAGACAAAUCAGUGAUGGAUGUGUUCCAGUCUAUUAUGGUACUACAGGCUGCUGCCCCAUUGACUGGCGGUGUCCAGAUGUCAAUGACUCAGUAGUCACAAGUGUGAAUGCAACGUCAAAAACUGCAGAGCACAAAUGCCAGUUUGGACAGUUGGAACUCAGAGUUGGUGACAAGUUAUCCAGUACUUCCAACAUAUGUGUGGAGUGCAGCUGCGAAGUGCCACCAUUAGUGUCAUGCACACAGAAAACCCAUACAGAAUGCAGGGAGUGAUCAACACAGUUUGCUGUAACAUUUAUGUCAAUCACAACUUAGUUGACAUAUAAAUUCACAUCUAUAUUAAUCCAUCAUCUCACUCCAAAUAACUAUUUUUAUUAUUAAAAUAUUAUUCUGGAAAAAGUUUGAUGUUUCAGAAUUUAUACCUUAUGGACUAUUGCAGUAGCCAGUAAUAAUAGAAGCAUGUUUGAUUCUUACAGUCAGUAAUAAUAGAUAGCAUAAAAGUAAAUAUAAGAUCUGUUUGUAAUAUACAAUCUCCAUGUAAAGAGAAGAUACUGACCAUUACAAAGAUUAUGUUACUUUGAACUGCAAUAUAACAGUCUUAAUAAAGAAACACAGUUGCUGUUUUUAUUCCUCUUCAUGUAAUAUUCAUAUCACAUGGGUUGACUUGCAUAAAGAUUUUACACUGGAGACUUACCCUCCCACAUUUAUAAAUAUGAGCAUCUCUUCCCCACCACAUCUCAUCCUUUCAGCUGAUCCACAUAAUAAUGUGGGCAUUAUUGUAUGUUUUCACCCUACAUUUACAAUUCCAGUAUUGUUUUAGAAAUGCUAUUUUUCACCCAUCCAAUAUGUGUUCAUACCAUUGUGUACCUAUUGAUCUGAAAAAUGUCUUCUACAACGUUUUGCUAUGUUUCUUCUUUUCCUUACUACCAAUGAAUUUACAAGACAGUAUGCAGUAAUUGCUCCAUAACUAAGUGCAUGGAGCUGAGCCCUUCUUGAGAAACCAUCAGUUGUGCAGCUACUCAAGAACUUCCCAACAUUUUGUGGAACC